AUGAAGAGCCUCGCAGUCUGUCUGGCUUUAGCUGGUGUGGGUGUUGCUGCUCCCCAUGGCUCAUCCACUUCUGCUGCGGCGGCCCCCACGGGCACCAGCUUCGCUUCAGGGUUCGAUAUGACCAGGAGCUGGGCCAAUCUGAGCCCCUAUAAGGACGCCGAAGGAUUCGGAGUCCCCAAGGGAGUGCCACAGGGCUGCGAACUGUCGCAGGUGCAUGUCCUUCACCGUCACGCCGAGCGAUUCCCCACCAGCAGUCCGCUGGACGGCGCGGGAAUGAGCGAUUUUGCCUCAAAACUGGUCAACUACUCCAAAGCCCAUGGAGUGACCGUUGCUAAGGGACCGCUGGAGUUCCUGAACAAUUGGGAGUAUGUGGUAGGUGAGGACACGUUAAUGGAGAAUGGUGCCGCCACGGAGGACACCUCUGGUGCCAAUUUCUGGGUCAAGUACGGUCGUCUGCUGUAUCGUGCGGAUCGCGAUAACGUCGCGGCCUGGAAUCAGUCCCUGAAUGUGUAUGCCAAUGGCACAGCCCGACCUAAGCCGGUCUUCCGUACGACCUCGCAGGAUCGUAUCUUGGAGAGUGCGCGGUGGUGGCUCAGUGGAUUCUUCGGAAACAGCAGUGCGCAUAACUCCGAGGACCAAUACGAUCUGGUUAUAAUCCCAGAGACCACGGGGUUCUUCAACAACACUUUGGCAUCCUACGUUUCUUGUCCGGGAGACCUGACGGCAGGCGAUGAAUUGGCAAAGCCAUUCGUCGAACGAUACACAAAAGCCGCCAAAUCUCGACUAUCUCAGUUCCUCCCAUUAGAUUUUAAUCUAACUUCAUAUGACGUACUCGCGAUGCAGAAUUUAUGCAUAUAUGAGCACACGAGUCUAGGCGGCUCAUCCUUCUGCUCUCUAUUCACCGAACAAGAAUGGAAAGACUUCGCUUACAACGUAGAUAUCCAAUACUACGGCGACUACGCCUACGGCUCCCCCACUGGUCGCGCACAGGGCAUCGGCUACGUUCUCGAACUCGCCGCGCGAUUGGAAGGAAAACUGAUCUAUUCCAGCGAUACGAGCAUCAACUCGACGUUUGACGAUAACACUAAGAUGUUUCCCAUGGGCCAGCCAUUCUACAUGGACAUGUCGCAUGAUGAUAUUCUCCUAUCGGUGAUUACCGCGCUAGGUCUAGAUUAUAUCAAGUACGGACCGGAGGGACUUCCGAGUGAUGUGGACCAUGCUGUUUCGAAUCGGACGUUCCGAUUAAGUGAUUUCACGCCGUUCGGCGCGCGAUUUAUGUCUGAAAUUUGGAGCUGUCCUAGUGAUGUGUCAUUUGAGGAUCUGGAUCCCAUUCUAUAUGUGAACCCGCGUCUGGAGGGUAAGGAUACGAAGCGGUAUAUUCGGUUCCUGUUGAAUGAUGCGCCGUUGCCAUUGAAGGGUCUCAAGGGCUGCGAUGGCUCGGAGAAUGGGUUUUGUCCUGUCGAGGGUUUCCUCGGUGAUGUGGAGAAGCUCAAGGAUAGGGCUGAGUACCAGUUUGCUUGCUUUGGGGAGUAUCCUCAUGGUAAGCAGGUGGGAGAUGGAGUGCCCGAGUUGGAGUAG